AUGACGAAGAGUCAGUUUAAGAUGAGCAUGAUGGGGACGAUUAAAAAUUUUAUGGGAUUAAAUAUUCUUCAAAGCAGACAAGGAAUCUUUAUCAAUCAAGAUAAGUAUUCUCGCAAUCUUCUUGAAAAGUUUGGAAUGACGAGUAGUUCAAAAUUGCAAGUACCUGUGGCAGUUGGCACACGACUUGGACCUUCAUUGGACAAGUCUGUUUUUGAUCUCACGUUAUACAUGAGCAUGAUUGGUUCAUUGUUAUACUUAACUGUGAGUCGACCUGAUAUUAUGUUUAUUGUUUGCAAUUGUGCGAGGUAUCAGUCAAAUCAUAAAGAACCCCAUCUAACUGCAAGAAAGAAUAUCUUUUGCUAUCUCAAAGGGACAGCUUCAUUGGGUUUGUGGUACCCUUCGAAGACUGGCUUCUUCAUUCAAUCAUUUUUGGAUGCCAACCUAGGUAGAUUUCAACUCGAAAGGAAAAGCAGUUCUGGUGGAUGUUAA